AUGGAUAUGGAUUGGGAGCUUGCCGAUGCAACUCCGAGACAAAUUCUAUGUGACUCUGGAUUCAUGUGGGGGCUACAUAUGGCUUUGGGUUGGACACUGGACCACAGUCCAACUCUUGCUGACCUUCACCCAUCUCUAGCGAAUCUCGAUGUAGCACUCGAGCUCGUGCUGAGUACAUAUUCUCUUAUUUCUCGUGGACCCGAUGUUUUGGCCGCAUUGGACCUGAUAUUUUCCCAUGCACUUGUCCUAUCCGUGUCCCAUCCUGUCUUGCUAGCCCCACUAGGUGUGUAG